UGACCUCAAAGAAGCCCCUCCCCGCUGCUCCGGGAACGAAUAUUAAUAAGCGGAAGCGGAAGCGUCGCCAUUUUAUCGCGGCGGAGGGAGAAAAUCGGCGGAGGGACCGGAGGGAUUGGGAGACGGACACAGAUGCUAUGAAGUGAGACAAAGUGCCAUCAAAUUUAUGGACCCUAUACAGAUUACAGAGGAAGAGAUUUUGCUGUCCUGGGGCAAAAGUCCCCAGGGCCUGAUCGUGUGUUCCCUUGAACCCUGUGGGAGGCAAGUGCAGAAAUUGCCAGACCCCUAGCAGAGAUAUUUAAAUCAUCCUUAGCGACAGCUCCACCGCUGACGAAGAUGCCGCAUGGGCUCAGCUCCAGCCAACUGUUGACAAGUAGUUGGUGAUUUGCCCUCACCCCCCCACCCCCCUCCCUCGUUCCCCACCACCUGAGGGUAGCUGUCCUCUGCCUCUCUCCCCUCACUCUCCCCCCCCCCCCGCCCCACACCCUCUCCCUCCUCGUUCCCUUCUCCAUCGGCAGCUGCUUCUCCCUUGCCCCCUCCAGCUCGCCAAGAUGUCAACCUCUUCCCUCCGGCGUCAGGUGAAGAACAUAGUCCACAACUACUCUGAGGCAGAGAUCAAGGUGAGGGAGGCAACCUCGAAUGACCCUUGGGGCCCCUCCAGCUCCCUCAUGUGCGAGAUCUCCGAUCUGACCUACAAUGUGGCGGCCUUCACCGAGAUCAUGGGGAUGGUGUGGAGGCGGCUGAACGACCACGGCAAGAACUGGCGGCACGUUUACAAGGCGCUGACGCUAGCCGAGUACCUGGUGAAGACCGGUUCUGAGCGGGUGGCCCAGCAGUGCCGCGAGAACAUAUAUGCGGUGCAGACCCUGAAAGACUUCCAGUACAUUGACCGCGACGGCAAAGACCAGGGCGUCAAUGUGCGGGAGAAGGCCAAGCAGCUGGUGGCCCUUCUGAAGGAUGAGGAGAAACUGAAGGAGGAAAGGGCACACGCCCUCAAGACCAAGGAGAAGCUGGCACAGGCUGCCACGGCCAGUUCCUCUGCGCCAUCGGCCCCCUCAGCCACCCUACGUGGGCCGCCAGACAUGGACCAGGCCUGGCCACAGAGCUCGGGCGAAGAGGAGCUUCAGCUUCAGCUGGCCUUGGCCAUGAGCAAGGAGGAGGCCGAGCAGAGAUCACCUCCAGUCCAUGGCGAAGAUUUACAAAUGCAGCUGGCUCUCAGCCUUAGCAAGGAGGAACAUGACAAGGAAGAGAGGCUACGCAGGGGAGAUGAUCUCCGUCUGCAGAUGGCCAUUGAGGAGAGUCAGAGGCAGACUGCACUUACCUCAACAAAAGAAAAGAACUCCCUGAUGGACUUGACUGAUGUCUUCACAGUCCCCCUGGCCCAACCUCAGGCCACUGACCCCUGGGGAGCACCCGUCUCGGAGCCGGUGCCACCUGGGAUCCCCACCACUGACCCCUGGGGGUCUCAGCAGGCCAGCAUUACUGCCACAUGCGAUCCAUGGGGUGGCCCCCAACAAGCGCCCGGUCCUCCUCCUCCUCCUCAAGGGACCUCCCCGGAUUCCUGGGACGUUCUGGGUGUACCACCCUCGGCUGCCCCUCCCUCUGAGACCUGGGCCCCACUCCCUGCACCGGCCACUCUGCCCACCGGAGACCCCUGGGCCCCUAUUCCGGCAGCCAGUCCCCCUGGCCAUACCCAGGCACUGCAAGACCCCUGGGCACCCAGCAACUCGCCUCCAUCCACGGUCCAGGGCACAGGUCUUCCCCCUUCUGACCCCUUCCUGGCCUCCACCAUCCAGGACGAUUUCUCUGAGUUUGACUCUCUCCGGAGCAGUGCCAUGAGAGUGGAGCCAACUGCAGGCGAAGCACAGCCGCAAGCCGAGACCAGCAGCCCGGACCUUUUGGACCUGUGCGGACUGGGCCCUGCCCUCCCUAGCACCCAGGGGGGCACCGUUCCACCCGUCACAUGCAGGACCCCCGAGUCGUUUCUGGGACCCAACGCCGCCCUGGUUAACCUGGACACCCUGGUGUCCAAACCCACGCCUAGGGUCUCCAACCCUUUCCUGAACUCAGGAGGUCCCAGCAACGCCUCCACCACCAACCCCUUUGGUUCGACAGCCGCUGCUACCCCUGCUAUGACGCUGAACCAGCUGAGAGCCAGCCCUGUCCCCACCCCCACGCUGGGCUCCCAGAACGGCUUCGGGCACCCCCCAGCCGGGACCACCAACCCUUUCCUCCUAUAACUGGCACCCACCCCCCCCCAAUCCGGGACCGGGGGUGAAAGAUUGCAGGAGGUUUUAUGGGGAUCAAUCUCUGUACCCAGUUAUGGCCUCCUCUGGUGGGUUCCCCCAUCUCUCAUGCCCCUUCUAAUCUAUGAGGAUCUUUCCCACAGCCCUCCCAGACGGGGUGAUGGUGCUGGAAGCUCUGAGUUGGACCCACAAUGGGAUUAAACAUGUUAAAAGAACUUCCCAUUCUCUCUGCCCCGCACGGGUUAACACCCCCUCCAACCUCCCUCUCCCUGCAGUCUCACCUUUCAUUCCACCCACCUCCCUCAUGAGGAAGUGAAGACUCUAUAUGGAGAGUAUUUUAUUGUGACGGGUGAGAACAGACAAAUUACACUGAUUGCCGAUCUCACCAUCUUCCACAGCACAGCUGUCUCCCCUUCCCUCUCAUGGAGUUGACUGGCGGCAGGGAACAUGUGUUGGAGGGCAACUAGCAGCUGGACAAGGGUCAGAGGGCAAGAUUGAAAAGGGACCCAGUGUGUUUAAUCACCAGCCAUCCCUUCCUCAACUGUGGGUGUGACAGAGCAAGGCCCACCCACUAGCACCCACCAGUGGUGAUGGCACACCAUUGCAACAUGCUAUUUACAUGGAAAAACCCAGAGGGUAGGGAGCCAUGUCUGCGUGGCACCUAGGUGUAAGAUUUCAUGUCUAUCUAAUCAUGCGCGUGGAUGAGGGGGGGGGGGGGGGUGAGAUCCUUCGGUCGAGAGAUUCCAGCAGGGAGGAGUUCGGUGAUCACCAUUCCUUUUCUAGAACAAUGAAAAACUUGUCUGUGGUAAAUCCAGUGAUGUAAAAGGAAAUAGAAUUAAUUAAAUCAGAAUCUAUAUAUAAAUAUAAAUAUAUAUAUAUAUCUACACAAUGUGUGUGUGUCAUGCCAUGGGUUACAGGGAGCGUAGGGGGUUUCUCAUUAUAACAGGCUGUGAACAUCUCCCCCAACUUCCUGGGCACUCACUGUUUUCACAUAUGGGGAAGAUGAGAGACACCUUUAUCUCUCUCACACACAAUCGCGCAGGCUCCUCACUGACAAACAAGGAAAGUUCAAACAGAUUGUUGAUUUUAUUAUGAAUCAGUAAAAACAGAAAAUGCACCUUCGCACACCCCUCUGCCUCGCUCUGUGCCAACCCCCCCCCCACCCCCCGGCCAUUUCAACUGCUCCCACCCCGCCUCUUCUCAUUCUCCCACGACCCCUUGCCAGCUGAGGGUGUACAGGUUAUUGUGGGGAGGAACAUGUCUCUCUGGGGGAGGAGAGAGGGGUGAAGAAAAGCUAACACCUCAAUCUCAGAACUGCUGCCAACCACAAACUCCUCCACAUCCCCAGCUUUGCCUCUGGGUUUCUACCCCUCAGCUCCCUCCUUUCCUUCCCAUUUCCCGACCUGGAACGAAUCACAGACAGUUGGGGGGGGGGGGGGCACUGGGAGAACCUCAGCUGCCUG